CGACGUUUCUCCUAAGAACACCAAAUGUUGGCUGAAUUUAAGAAGCGUGUGAAGCGGCAGCAGCAGCAAAGAACAAAGGACUUUUAUGUGAAAAUGUAUCUUCCGGAGGAUUUGGAAGUGGAGAUACUCUCUAAGGCUCCGUUGGCUUCUCUGGCACGACUACGAUGGACAUCCAAAAGAUGGAACGCUCUGAUCAAAGAUAUACUUGCGAAGAAGCAGUCUCAGGUUAUUAUGUUGAUUGGCUUCAGGGUUUGUUUAGUGAGUGUCGAUCUCCAUGGAAUUCACAACAGCAAGGUGAAGGUAACAAGUCAAUUUAGCCUAAGAGAUCCUCUUUCUUCUAACUCUUCAGAAGAAGUCGAUAUACGUAAUGUCUUUCACUGCGAAGGCUUGUUGCUAUGCACCACCAAAGAGAGUAGUAGAGUUGUGGUAUGGAAUCCGUGUUCACGUGAAACCAUGUGGAUCCAACCAAGAGAUACCUACAAGCAAAAUGAUUACUUUGCUCUCGGUAAAUCCUCCUGCAACAAGUACAAAAUCUUGCGAGUGGAUCAGCAUAAUAACUUGAUGCCAAGCUUACUUGAGUUCGAAAUCUAUGACUUUACCUCUAAUUCGUGGAGGGUUGUUGGUGAGACUAUAGACUGGUUUAUACCACGGUGGAAUGGUCGUGGUGGCGUGUCUGUGAAGGGAAAUACUUACUGGCUUGCUUCUACGCAAGACAACCCACGUGAGGAUUUCUUAUUGUGUUUUGACUUUUCAUUAGAGACAUUUGGAAGUGUCUCUCUUCCGGGUAAUUAUCUUUCUCAUCAAGUUAUCAGUUUAUCAGUGACUAGAGAAGAUCAGAAACUUUGUUUGCUAACUACUCAAAGCGGUAAAGUACACGAUAUAGAUGUAUGGAUCGCGACUAAGAUUGAUAAGACGCAAGUAAGUCCGGAGAACAAAACAACGAUUGAGAGUCUCGUAGCUGCGUCAUGGAGCAAGUUCCUAUCAUUGGAUUUAGCCAAUCUUCAUCAGCGCUUUCGCUUCUUUAAUGGGAUGAAUUUCUUGGUCGACCAGGAGAAGAAAGUUUUAUUGUGUAGCAGUAUGCGUGGGGUCUCCAACACCUUCUUACACGUGGUGGGAGGGGGCAAAUAUAUACAAGUGGCUCAUAAUGAUGCAGAGACUAUAUGGUCACUUGUCGUCAGUUAUGUUCCAAGUUUUGUUCAAGUCCAACCAACAAUGUUCUUGGAGUAGGCAAAAAGGAAAAGUAUCAAAGCUGGUGAUAUAUAAUGGUCACACUAAAUUAUUUAUGUAUUACGUUAUCCAACU